AUGCCAUUGACGGUGGCUACUACGUCGGACAAGUGGGAAGCCCCUGUUGCCACCACCAACAAACGCGUGAUUGUCCUCCACCACCGCCACGGCUACAUGUCGACCCAAAACGAUGUGAUAUCGUCGGAGGAACACGCAGGGCUGCGUCGCCUGAUUGCGAACGUCAACACCCCCGAGUCGAAUCGCCAAGGGGCCAUUCCGGCCGAGUACGCCGUGAACUUGAUGCAACCGUUUGGAGGCGCCAGCGCGUCUGCGGAGGCAUCUGCCCGCGACAAGCAAAAGGCCGAAGCAAGCAGUCUGGACAAGGCGCACUCGGGCAUGUCCGCCCAGAAGAAGGCUGAUCGCGGGGAUAUUUUCUACGAGAAACUGAUCAUUUUCAAGACGAGCCACAACCGCAUCAAAGAAAAUGCCGAGUCGGACAACAAACGCUUGAGCAGCAAAGACAUGAGCCAGGAAGUUGAUCGUGGCCAAAAGGCCAAGCAAAUCCAAACGGUGACUUAA